ACUGCAACCCUGAGUUACGUCCAGCAACAGGUUUAUGGUUUGUCUCAGCCAGUGAUUAAUAUGGCAGCGAGUGUUAUUUUUAAUUCUCUGUUUCUCAUGGUGAUACAUUCUGCAGUAAGUGAUGGUACUUUGAUCGAAGUAACACAACACCCCAAACAUGGAAUUCCACUCGUAGGUGAAAACAUCACCUUCAAAUGUAUUUUUGCUGUCUCUCCAAACCACACACGCAUAAAAGUAUAUUGGUCGAAGCAUGGAGAAGAUGGAUAUCUUCAUGCAAACGAUGGUAACAGGAAAAUAUUCAGUUUUGAAGAUAAAGGAAACUACUCCUUCCAGCUAUUGGAUGUGAGAAUCCAAGACUCUGGUGUCUACUACUGUGCAGUGAUCCAUGAGGGAAGAGAAUCAGGACGUGGAUCUGGGUCGCAGUUAACUGUGUGCGUUGCUCCAACUCCCCUGAACAUACUCCAUACAAUUGCUGAAAAAUAUUCUUCUGCAUCAACUCUUGUGUGUAAAACGGAGGCGUUUUACCCCGGGAAUCUCAUCUUCAACUGGUAUAUAAAUGGGACCAUAAUUUCGACUGGGAUAAAUAUUACUCAACAACAGAAUUCGGAUGGACUGUAUCAAGCUUCGAGUUCUGUGGGAGUGACACAGAGUCUCCAGAGCGUUUAUACCUGCAUGGUAUCUCACCUCAGCCUCCGGACCGAAGGAAUUGCAAACUUUAUGAUUCCUUUUUCUGACAGAGAGUAUGAAUUUCCAGAUGAUUAUUAUUUACUGAUCGCUGGAAGCGCAGUGGGUGUGUUGUCAAUGCUGUUGCUUUUAAUCAUUGGGAUUCCAUUAAUGAAAAGCAAAGGAAAACACAGCAAAUUAAAUGAAUCCAACAGGAAUGGAGAGCAGGGGAUACAGGAAGCAAAUAAUGAGACGGUGGCUUAUGUUUCACUGGAUUUGACUAGUUCUAAAAAAUCUCUGAGACCUAAACAUCCAUAGGAGAGGACAGUGUACGCUCAGACCAAACAAAGGGGAGCCGAUAACAAGAUAAUUUACAGUGUUCUGGAUUUAACAGACUCAAAGAAAACAGCAUGCAGCAACAUUGGUGUGGAAUAUUCUCAAAUACAGGUGAAAACCACAGCAGAUCAGCAGCUAUCUACUGGGAACAAAUAGACACACAGAAGUAAUGCGAGAAGUCAAUUACUGGUGCAUUUUGUUUUUAGUUCUCCAUCCCUAUAAAGUAAUGGCUUUGAUGCUUUUCAAUUAGUGUCUACUUAUUUGUGAAAAUCCAUUGCAGGAAAAUAUUGAUGCUUAAUUCUAUUCAUGUGUACUUAUGUGAUAUUUAGAAUCUAGUUUCAUGCAAAUGUAUUAACAGCUCUAAUCAUGACUAGAAGCCUUGAUCGAAUAGCUUUUAAAUCAUCGCACACCCAAUUUAAAAUUGUACUAAACAAUGAAAAAAAAUUAUAAAGAGUUAAAUAAAGCAUAUAAGCCGUUUGGCCUCAUGAAGUGGUGUAGUGUAUUUUCUUAACAUUUCAAUAAAGAACGAUUGUGAAACAUAAA